AUGGUUCUUGAAAUCCAGGCCUACCUGGGCCUGAGGAGCAGAAACAAAAUCGGCAUCUUUGAGGACAAGAAACAGGGCGAUUCCAAACCAGAGCAAGUUGUUCCUCGCGGUAAACCAGAACAAAAAGUUCUCAAGCAGGUAAAAGCUAUCACAGCAGAGAAGACAGAAAAAACCGAACCUCAAGAAAAAGAUCGUCAGUCUAUGACAACAGAUAAACCUAAAUCAUCUUCAAAGGGAACAUCAGAAGUCACAGACUCAGGGAAGAAGAAAGUUGAAAAAUCUGAAAAGGAAAGUAAAGUUCCCACAAGACAAGAAAAUCUUCAGGGCCACAAUGUGACUAAAGAAGAAAAACCUGCAAAAAUACCAAAAGAUUCCAAAAUCACACCAGCUUCAAAGAAAGGCAAAGAAGAUUCCAAAGACAUAUCGGCUUCAAAUAAAGACAAAGAAGUAACUGAAGAUGUAUCUUCCCAAAAGAAGCAAAAAAAUCCCAUCAGUUUCUUUCAAUGUGUCUACUUGGAUGGAUACAAUGGCUACGGGUUUCAGUUUCCUGUCACUCCUGCACAACGGCCUGGAGAGAACUCUGGCAAAACAAACUCUCCAGGAGAGAAGCAGCAAGGACAGUAGACACCCAUGCAUGACCCUGACAACUGCAUUGACCGUGUGAAAGGAAUCAUUUCUUUAGUCCAUGGUGGUGUAGGCAACUGAAACUAUCCAGUGCUGAGAUUUCUUUGUACACAUUCUGCCUUUCUGCCUAUUAUAAAGAGAUGGCACGGAUAAAGGGGUUGACUAAUAAGUAAAUGUGUUGGAGGGUCUAAUACUCAAGAAUAUUCAUGUGUGUCUAUUGCUGUGGGAAGGGUACUUACAUUUAGUGGGUUUUAUGCAUUGUUGUACACUCAUUAUAGUUUAUUUUGUACUGGUCUUUUAAAUGUAAUUGGCACACUUAUGAAACAAAAUUUCUGGCUUCAGAUAGUUUUUAAAUUGAUAACAGGCUUAAAAGGUACAGGAACAUACACAAAAGUUGCUCUUCUGCAUCGUGUGAGUAAACUCAGUUUACUCAAAUACCUAUUUUUAUCAUUAUAUUCAUGUCUGUUUCUAGUUCAGUUGUGGCAAGGUUCUACAAUAGGUAUGACUUACCCUAGAGUGUUGUAAGUCCCUUGUCAUAUUCUUAAAACAUCAGACAGAGAGGACAUGACAAAGAACAUAUGCUUGACAAAUCUUAUUUCUGAGGUUUGUCUUGAGCUACAAUUAAGACAUUUUCUCCUGUGGACAUGUGGUUAAGCAUGUUUGGCAAAUCGUUUGUUUAAUAUGUCAGUCAAGGAGAUGUGAAAUUUUCACAUUUCUCCAGAUUGUGCCCCAGUGUGAACAUCACCUGGGUGAAGAUUGAGAUAAAUCAAUAUUCAUAGGUGACCAAGGCAAACAGAAUGGGUUUCUCUAUACAUUCUUCUUGUAAAAAUUUAAUAUUUUCUUUUUCCAAUGAAAACAAUACAAAUGCUGUUCAAGGUUUAAGUGAGACAUUUUGGUCCUGAUAUGUUCAUGAGAUGUCUUACUUUCGUUUACUAAUUGGACAUUAAUGCCAGUUUAAUGAAUGGCAAUUUUUAACUUGCUCAUCCAUGCAUUACCAUAAAUAACUUUUGAGAGUGUUCAUCUCAGUGAUGAUACAAACAUUCUGUUUUAAUGAGCUUUUCUUUUCAGCUCUAAAAGAAAUGUGUCUGUGAUUUUUCAUCACACUUCCAGUUGCAGCUGAACUUGUUAGAAAUUAACUCAGGAGAUGACUUGACUUACUAUUUCUGGCACUAUCUUCAGUUUAGCACUGGCUGAGCAAUUCAGGGAAUGACCUAGUCAUGUGACUGGUUUUCAAGCAAUGUAACCAACUACAGUUCUUGAGAUCUAAACUAUAGGUCAGUUUAUCAAUCGUCAACUAAGGGGUGGAUCUUCUACUCAGUAUUAAUGUUGGGAUGUCAACAACUUUUGUAAGAAAGUUAGUUUUAAGCAGAUGCUGACAGAUUUUAUUCACACUGCAACAAACUAACACUACAGUGAACUAGAUUUAUGGAACCAUUUGGAGGGGAAAGGAGACCAAGAAAUGUAUCAUUUCAGAUAUGAGCGGAUGGUACCAUCUUGCAAAACCCCUUCAUUCAGCAACUCAUUUACGAGGACAGUGAAUGAAGUGCUCUGCUUAGAUGUGGUUUUAUCCAUGCAAUUUCCUGCAUAAAAGAAGAGAGAGCAAAUAUUACAGUUGUUUUAAAAUUCCUGUGAUGGGGUGGAUUCUCCACAUUACUUUUUUUCAGUGACUAUGUAAUAAGGACUUACUCUUUCUACUCUGUGUCAGGUAUUAAACUAUGUAAAAUAAAUACAGCAAUCGAUUUUACUUAGUGCUGUUCUGGCACAGCAAAUGGUAUUGGAAAAAUUAUCAAAUGGACUGAGUCUGUAUCUCCAUGUGUAAAGGAGAACCAACAAAACAAGCAGCACAGUGCUUCACAGAUUUACUGUGGCGACAGAUAAAGCGUCUUAAUAUGCUUGAAAAUAUUUUCUGAAAUUACCUUUUGGAGAUUACUAAUUUUAUCUCCAUGGAGUUUUAAAUAUCAUCAGUUAUUUCUUUAUGAAAUAAAUUGAUUUAAAAAACAAGAUGUUAUUGUAAAUGUAGAUUUAGAUAAACUAAUUAUUGAGUAA